ACCGGAUAUGUUCUCGACCUGAACCUACCGAUCUACAUGCUCUGCCCCCCACCUCCGCCGCUCCUGCUCUCCAAUCUUGGCCUCGCUGGCCGACGGCGCCGUUUCCUCGUUACUGCGCAGCCAGCCAGUUCUUUUCUUCCCCGCACCUCUUUAGUCCUCAUCGCCGACCCAGCGCCGCCGCCCCCGAUUGAGGCGAGUUCGCUGAAGGUCGCAGCGAAGAAAGACGGUGACUGCCAUGGACGGGGGUGGUGAACGGGGGAUCACCAAGAAAGAGGCGGAGGCCGAGUACCAUUGCCACGACUUCGAGUGGGAGGACCUCCGGGCGGAUGUGGAAGCCAACCCUUCCUUCUCCUACCACCUGUCCCCUUUCCCCACGACCACCGCCUCGCCGCAGCCACCGUCAUCGGAGGCCUGGAGAAGCUUCCACCGCCGCCACGCCUCCGGCAAGUUCUUCAAGGAAAGAAGGUAUUUGCUGAAGGAAUUUCCUGAACUGCUUAACAGCAAAGGAUGUGCAAAGGUUUUAGAGGUGGGGUGUGGGAAUGGAAGCACUGUUGUCCCCAUUCUACGAUGUAGUCCAAGCAUCACUGUCUAUGCUUGUGACUGUAGUGAAGACACUCUAGAGAAAGCAAAUGAGAUUGUGUGUAAUACACAGGGAGUUGAUGCCAAGGAUAGGUUCCACCCUUUUUUGUUGGAUGUUUCUAAAGAAAAACUUCCAGGUUGGUUGUUCUGCAAAUAUUGUCAAAGUUCAAACGGAAAGGUUGUCGAGCUCUCACUAGAUUCAAGUCAUCUUCAUACAAGGGGAAAAAACCCAAUCUCACUGAAAGAAGAUGAGUGUUGUGUUCGUGGCAUAGAUUUUAUUACCAUGAUAUUUACGUUGUCAGCCAUACCCUUCAACACAAUUCCAGCUACUCUAGAGCGUUGCGUGUCUGUUCUGAAACCAGGUGGCCUUGUUUUGUUCAGGGAUUAUGGCGUUUAUGACAUGACAAUGCUUCGAUUCUUGCCUCACCAAAGAGUGGGAUUUCGGGAAUAUAUGCGUUCUGAUGGCACCUAUUCAUAUUUCUUCUCAUUAGACACUGUAAGAGAACUCUUUCAUGCUGCUGGACUACUAGAGUUGGAGCUGGAAUACUGCUGUGUCAGAUCAGUGAAUAGAAAGAAUGGCAAGAACAUGCAAAGGGUAUGGGUGCAUGGCAAAUUUAAAAAACCCACAAGUCAAUGACUUGGACACUUGGUGGUUCCUCGGAUGUGCUUCUAAUAUUACAAUCGUGUUGCCAAGGAUGCUACAAUGAUGCAGAGUGUGUUGUGGCCGGGAGUUUGCAGUGCAUGUAAGAUCUUCCAUGAUAAUGUUGCUGUAAUUAUGUUCUACGUAUGUAGGAGUAUUUGCUAGUGGAUGGAAGCAAAUUUGCAGCAUGUACGCAAAUGUUAUAUGGAUAUGUCAAGCAUUGUAAUGUACUAAUGUUGGUGAUUUGAAAGAAGCAAAUAUGUUGAUUG